ACUCAACUGAACACACUCAGCAGCCAUUAUUUCUGUUCAGCUUCCUUCCGCCGGCGAUUGUUGCUCAGAUCACUCUCUUAACGAAGCAGAAGUGCUAUUUUGACAUAAACCAUGACAACUGUGACGGCCUCUUGUGUGGUAACAAGAAGCGCGUGCCUCAACAACAUUGGAACCUUGAGAACAGAGGCCAAAGUGAAUUUGCAUCAGAUAACUCUGAAUAACCAGGCAUUGACUUAUGAUGGGUUAAGAUCUCUGAACAAGCUGUGCCUGAGAACCACCAAUGCAAUCAAAACCUCUUCCUCUCAGAGAAGUGAUAAAAGUGGGAGUGACAAGGUUUUGGGGAAAAUUGUAUGUGGCAAAGGGAUGAACUUGAUCUUUGUGGGAGCUGAGGUAGGACCAUGGAGCAAAACUGGUGGACUUGGUGAUGUUCUUGGAGGGCUUCCAACAGCUUUGGCCGCAAAUGGGAACCGUGUUAUGACAGUGUCGCCGCGUUAUGAUCAAUACAAGGAUGCUUGGGACACUUGUGUGCAAGUGGAGGUUGAAGUUGGAGAUAGAGUAGAAACUGUCCGUUUCUUUCACUGCUACAAGCGAGGAGUUGAUCGUGUUUUUGUGGAUCACCCACUGUUCCUUGAGAAGGUAUGGGGCAAGACAAGGUCAAAACUCUAUGGCCCAACGGCUGGACUGGAUUAUAAAGAUAACCAACUUAGAUUCAGCUUGUUGUGCCAGGCUGCACUUGAGGCACCAAGGGUUUUGAACUUAAACAGCAGCAAAUAUUUCUCUGGACCAUAUGGGGAAGAUGUCAUCUUUAUUGCAAAUGAUUGGCACACUGCUCUCCUUCCAUGCUACUUGAAAUCAAUGUACAAGUCCAGGGGGAUUUACAAAAGCGCAAAGGUUGCAUUUUGUAUUCAUAACAUAGCCUACCAGGGUAGGCAUACCUUUUCGGACUUCUCUCUUCUCAAUUUACCUAGCGAAUUCAAGAGCUCUUUUGACUUUUUUGAUGGGCAUGUUAAGCCUGUGAAGGGAAGGAAAAUUAAUUGGAUGAAGGCAGGCAUAUUAGAAUCGGACAGAGUGUUCACAGUAAGUCCAUAUUAUGCCAAGGAACUUGUUUCAGGAGAGGAAAGAGGUGUGGAAUUGGACAAUAUAAUUCGUGCAGCUGGUGGCAUCACUGGUAUCGUGAAUGGCAUGGAUAAUCGAGAGUGGAGUCCACUAACUGAUAGGUACAUAGGUGUACACUACGAUGCAACAACUGUCACCGAGGCAAAAUUUCUGCUGAAAGAAGCCCUUCAAGCAGAGCUUGGCUUACCGGUUGACAGGAGUAUCCCUUUGAUAGGGUUCAUUGGUAGGCUAGAAGAGCAGAAAGGUUCAGAUAUUCUUGUAGAAGCUAUCCCAAAGUUCAUUGAUCAGAAUGUUCAGAUUAUAGUUCUUGGAACUGGCAAAAAGAUCAUGGAGAAGCAAAUUGAGCUACUAGAGGUCAUGUAUCCUGACAAGGCUAGAGGGGUAGCAAAAUUCAACGGUCCCUUGGCUCACAAGAUUAUUGCUGGAGCUGACUUUAUAGUGAUCCCAAGUAGAUUUGAGCCCUGCGGUCUAGUUCAGUUGCAUUCUAUGCCAUAUGGAACGGUGCCCAUAGUUUCCUCAACUGGUGGACUAGUUGACACUGUAAUAGAAGGCUUUACUGGAUUUCACAUGGGAGCAUUCAGCGCGGAAUGUGAGACUAUUGAUCCUGCUGAUGUGGAUAAGUUAGCAGCUACCGUUAAGAGAGCCCUUCGAACCUAUGGUACCCCUGCCUUGAAAGAGAUGAUCCAGAACUGCAUUGCCCAAGACUUUUCAUGGAAGGGACCAGCCAAACAAUGGGAAAAGGCGUUAUUGAGCCUAGAGGUCGCUGGCAGCGAACCUGGAAUAGAUGGGGAGGAGAUUGCUCCUCUUGCAAAGGAAAACGUCGCCACUCCUUGAGCAUCAUCGUUGAUAUUCUGAUUUCUAUUAUGGUCAUGGUCAAGAACGUUAUCUAAUGCUUGCCUACAGUCAGAUUAUAGACGUACGUAGCUACCAACUCAUAACUUGAUCAACGAGUUCCAACGAAGGGACCCAAUCGUUUUACGAUUGAACUUUUGUGUAAAGCUCUUUUUCAAGCAAUGUAUAAAACCAAUACUAACAUCAAUGAAAUUUGAAGCACCUGAGUUGUACUAAGUUAAAAUGUGAUGUAAGGGAAUAAAGGCCUAGAUGUUGGUGU